AUGAACUUUCUGGAGCUGAUCCCGAACUCGCUGCAAUUUUGGCCGAUAACUGAAUUCGUCACGCCGGUUCCGCCACCAUCAGGAGCAGCGCCACAAGUCGUCACGAUGACCGGGCCGAUACUUCGCUUGGCUGGGGUCAGCGGGGCAGCAGCUGUUAUCCUAGGCGCUUAUGGAUCUCAUUCAUUGAGCAAAUCGGCGGUGGUUGAUGGAAGUCGGCUAAAGGCAUUUGACACGGCCUCUCGCUACCACCUCAUCCACUCCGUUGCCCUGUUGGGCGCUCCCUACGCCAAGUUCCCCAAGCUGACAUCAGCUUUAAUUGCGGGCGGCAUCCUCAUCUUCUGCGGACCCUGCUACCACUACAGCAUCACCGGCAGCGAGGCAAUUCGACGGAUCACACCGACCGGUGGCAUACUCUUUAUCCUUGGUUGGCUUUCUUUUAUGCUU